UAUCUGUAUUAUUAGAUUGCACAACUGAUGGAGGAUUGGAAGAAACUGAGAAGGGGUGAUCCUCGGAGAAGUUUGUUUAUGUUAUUAUUCCUAUGCGUGCUUGUUGUAUGUCUCUUGCUUCUGCUUAAUAUGAGGCUUCCGGAGGUAUCACCAGGUGGUUUUGGCGAGGGAACAUAUAGGAAAUUAAUUAGAAGGACGAGUUCAAGGGAGCUAGAACUAGGGGAACUUGGCAAAUUGAUUGUGGCAAUGUUACCUGAUGAUCUGCCUUUCACAAUUUUUACCCCUUCAGAAGAAGCUUUUGAGCAUGUGCUGAAUUUGAGACCAAAUGACAGCCUAGUUAGAGACAAAGUGAAUAAUACAUUUGCAAUUCUCUCGCGCGUGAUGGGCUUUUCUGCGAUUCCUCGACACUUACCUUCUGAAGCAGUAGCUGUGCUUAAGGAGAUGAGUUUUGAUUCCGUGUCUGGAUACAGAUUAUAUGCUUGGAAGUCUCAUAGUGGAACCCUGUUUGUUAACAAUGUCAAGUCCGAAAGGGUUAACAUGAGGAAGGGUGAGAUCAUUGUGCAUCUAAUGAAUGGGGUUAUCAUGGAUCCUGAGUUUAAGCAAUCAUUUCUAACUGAUGAUGAUGACUGAUGAAAUCUUUUCCUUUGAUGAAUCAGCACUCAAUGUCUACUCACAGUCACAGGCUUGAUCUCUGAGUCCCUGACUGGUUUCUUAGGAAGUAAAGGGUUUUCAUUUGUACGUGUUUCUUCUUUCUUGUUGGUAUUUUUAUCAGGUAAUAAGCAUUGUAACAUGGUUAAUGAAAGUAGGGAAUGACCUUUGAAAGAGCUUUUAAUAUGAAAUCGUGACGUUUGUCAUUGAA